UCGCCAUGUCCUUAAUCGUCUUUCUUCGUGGCCGUGUGCUGAAAUAUUCAAUGCUCACCACGACUGUUCGUCGGCAGUUUAAGAGAAAAGAGUGCACUGUUGAGCGCGUAUCACCGGCGAUGUCCAUUCGGCAUGGAACCUCGCAUCAAGACGGCGUUCGCGCUAGGCCUCGUGGAAGGGAUCCUGCUCAUUCUUUUCGGCGUGUGCGUCACCUUCGAUCGGCCCGUUCAGCCGAGACAUGUCACACCCGCCGAGGAAAAGUCCAACGAAGAAACCUUCCACCGUUUCUAUCCGAUGUUCGAGGAUGUGCACGUGAUGGUGUACGUCGGCUUCGGAUACCUGAUGACGUUCCUGCGUCGAUUCGGCUACAGCGCAGUGGGCAACACGCUGCUGCAGAGCGCCAUCGUAUUCCAAUGGGCCGUCAUCAUGCGUGGCUUAUGGCGCGUGCACGGUGCCAAAAUACCGCUCGACAUGGAAAGCCUCCUGGGUGCCGAGUUUUCAGCAGUCACGUACCUGAUCUCUCUCGGUGCACUUCUGGGAAAGACGAGCUUGAUCCAGAAUGCCAUUAUCGGGAUCGUGGAAACCGCGCUUGGCGCCGGCAACGAAUACCUAGGUGUAGCGGUGCUCCAGGCCGUGGAUCCUGGCGGCUCCAUAUUCCUGCACACCUUCGGGGCCUACUUCGGCCUGGCACUAGCAUUCGUCCUGCACAGAAAAGACCACGUCGGCCACCGCAACGAGGGUUCUUCGUACACUUCCGACGUCUUCGCCAUGAUUGGGACGCUUUUCUUGUGGCUGUAUUGGCCGAGCUUCAACGCUGCCACGGUCCAAGGCGCCGAGAGGCAUCGUGCUGUGAUCAACACUUACCUCGCCCUGACGGCGUCAUGUCUGACUGCGUUCGCCGCCUCGUCGUGUCUCGACGGCCGAGGAAGACUCGACAUGGUCCACAUACAGAACUCAACACUUUCAGGUGGCGUUGCCAUUGGCAGCAUUGCCAGCAUCCUGGGUGAACCUCACAGCGCCAUCAUAGUGGGCAGUAUAGCCGGAGGAAUCUCGGUGUUAGGAUACAAGUUCAUUACGCCUUUCCUGUCUCGUCGCUGGAGCGUACACGACACAUGCGGCGUGCACAACCUGCACGGCAUGCCGGGAUUACUCGCAGGCGUCAGCAGCAUCAUACUGGCGGCCGCAGCGUCCCACGAAUCUCAUGGUGACAGCUUAUUCUCCAUCUAUCCGGCGAGAGCGUCCGUGUUCAACGUGACCAACGGUCGUGGCUUCAACGUGACCUAUGGGCUGGGCCGGUCCGCCGGAGAACAGGCCGCCUACCAGCUCUGGGCUCUGCUUGCCACGUUGGCCAUCGCCAUCUCCGGAGGCCUGGCCACAGGACUCUUGGUUCGGUUGGAGUGCUUCCAGCCCGUGGACGUCCAAGACCUGUUUGACGAUGGGGUCGCUUGGAGCGUGGCGGGUCCCGAGAUGCCCACGUUCCUGGAAGUGAAGCCACGAAAGGCCUCCCCUCCAAGAAGGCCGCAGGUCCGGUUCAAAAACCGCAUCAUGAGCAUCGUGCGUGAAACCAAGGCUAGAGCCGUAGGUCCCUCUACCCGCUAAAGGACGAAAAUAUUGGUCACAGGAUGGUAACCUACCUGGUACUACGGAAAGAUGGAAACAAUGUGAAUAAAAUAAGUGCGAGGAUUCUAUUUCAGACAUUUACUGACAGGGAAUC